UACCGGGAGACUUUUCGGGAAUAGGGUGACGUAUGAAUAACGCCAUUAUUUGACCUUUAACCUAAGACAGCUAUCAACAACGUUAAUGAAAUGGCUUAUACCUUUUAAAUUCUUGUGUAGCCUAAAGUUGUUGUUUUUUUUUUAAAUUUUUUAAAAAUAUGUUGACAAUCUAACUAUUCUAUUUAUUAGCAUGCAGCGAUUGUCACUGCAUUUUAUUAAUUCAUCUAAAAAUAGUUGGGGAUCGAGCUAUGGCUAUAAUAAUGAUAAAGAUAUCUUUGACUUAGUCAUAAAAAUAAAGAAUGUUUUGAAUUUGAAAUUUUCAAGCUAUUUCCCAUUGCACAAUCAUUGUGUGUACAAAACCAAUUUUUCAUAUUUGAGAAAUCCAUUUUUGCCUUUGUUGGGAACAUUAGCUUUACACAGACAGCCUUUACUAUUACUAUUAGAUUUGCCAGAGAAAACUGCUUGGUUUUGGAAUUCUUACACUGUUUCUCGCCUAAGAAUAGGAAUAGAUCUUGAUAAUGAAAUUCUUAAAUUUGAGGAAACUUAUAUUUAUAACUGUAACAACUCAUGUAAGUCUGAAAUGAGAAGACAUCAAAGUCAAAGGUAUCAGUAUCUUAGUCACUUAGUCUGAGUAUUUAGUAUUAACAAUUAAAUUAUAUCUAGUUAUGAUAUACUGAUAUUAUAAAAUUAUAAUGAAGGUACUGAAUAAUAGUAUUUAGUAUUUGUCAUUUGUAUUAUCAUGAUUGAGACUUAAUUUAAUUGUCUUAAAAUUAAUGAGUAAGCCUUAGGCUUAUACUUAUACAUUUAAUUUAAUUAAUUUAUCUUAAUUACUUUCUAAUACUACGGAAAUAAUGCCUUUAUUAUUUUUGUAGUUUUGUUAUUAUUAGCAUCAUUUAUUAUUUGAGCCCUAAUUUAAUAUGGUAUAAUUUAUUGUUAUAUUUUACAUUAUUAUAUUUUUAAAGAGUAUGGUUUAGGGAUGAUAGUAUGGUACCUAUCUAAGAUUUAACUUUAUUUAAGCACUUGCAUCAUCAAUAUUAAUAUCCCUUUAAAAUGCGUAAAAUGUUUCUAUUAAAUUAAAGCACUCAUUUCUGUGACACUGUUAAAUCUGCAUCUUCUGAGCCUCAGACUGAGGGGUUAAAUAUGUCUGCCGGUACCAGUACUAACUAUGUUGUUGGUCAUGACAAGAAAGAAACAUAUUUCUACAUCAAGUUAAGAGGUUUGUCUUAUCACACCAAUAAUAUGGUAACGGUACAGGGGGAGGGGAAAUACUCUUUAUUUUACACAUUGCUAAUAUUAAUUAUGCUAUGAAAAUGAUUAUUUAUCAGAAAAUAUGUAUAUUUUUUUAUAAAGAUUGUCAAAAGUUUUGUUAUUAAUCACAAUCAGCUUAUUUAAAUAUUAAUGGCAUUUUCAAAAUAUUAUAAUUAUGUAAAUGUAACAUUUUAUUUAUCUAACGGUAUUAAUAUUCAAAGAAACAACUGACAGCCAAGCGGGGAGUAUGGCCAUUCUUCAGUAUAACUGGGUUCGACCAGGGCUUGCUGAUUUGCAUCAUACAGAAGUGCCCUCUGAGUUUCAAGGACGUGGAAUUGCAAAACACUUGGUUUUGGUAUGUCAAAAUGGACUAUAUAAUUUCUAAAUAUUACGUACCGGUACACAUGAAAAAAAUUAGGGGGACUUGGCAGAAAUGUUUUUUUAUGGGAGUUAUCUGCAGAUGUGUCAUUAUACACAUUGCAUACAUUAUUCUGCAAAAAUUAUCCAGAAUUCUGACAGUUCAUAAGUAUCAGUAGUUUAUUUCUAAUUGUCUAAAAAGUUAUCAGUGGGGAGGGAGGAGAGAAUGAGCCAAAACAAAAAUAUUUUACAUAUCUAUACUAUUACCAUACUAAUAUUACUACUACUAUUAUUACUGGUAGGAUUAUAUGGAUGGUCAUAGGUACUCUCCAAUUACUUAAUCUCCAAACUCUACCAUCCCCUCUGUUUAUGUUUUAAUUUUUCUAAGUCCCGUAUCACCCCCGCACCCCCAUUUUUAUCUUUUAUAAGUCACAAUUAUACUAUUUAACUAUACUAUAAACAUAAAAGCGGUGUAGCGAUGCAUAUGUGGCGAUCAGGAAAAAAAAAACCCUUGAAUCUUUAAAUAAAAAAUCUAACCAAAUCAAAUGCUUAUGAAAUAAAUUAAUAAUGGAUUGUUAUAAAUAUUAUAAUAAUUAACAUUAAAUUAUUUGAUAUGCUUAUGCUUAAAUUAUAAAUUAAUCUUAAAUUUAAAUAUAUUAUUAACCUUUUUUCCACAGGCUGCUUUGGACUCUUUGUGUGAAGAAAAUAUUAUAAUCCGACCAACUUGCACUUACGUUCAGAAAGUUCUAAAAGACAACCCUGUUGCUUUGCACAUAAAUCAUAUUGAAAAGGGCUUUACAUUUCAGAAUUGAGUCAAAAAUUAAAUUAUACCUGGUAUUUAAUAUUGAAUUUAUAUUUUUCUUUCAACAUUUUUGAAAAUAAAAUUACCUUUAUUUUUCAAACUGCGGUACCAGUAUUUAAAUUUACCAGGUAUAUAAGUAUAAGUAAAGUAGUUAAUUAAGUGAGCUUCCAAAUAAGCUAAGCAAGACCAAUUCCUUCUUCCAAAUUUAAGUGUUUAACAAUGUGAUUAAUUAAUGGGAGUGUAGUUUUAAAAUAAUAAGUUCCUUAAUUUAUUAGCGAGUUAUAUUUAUAUAACCGGUAUUUGAAAAUGAAGAUAUCGGAAUAAUUGUGUGCGCCCUGCCAUAAUUAAAUAUGAUUCAUAAUUUUUUUAAGUAUGGUAUCCCUCCCAGUAAAAAAUACUUCUAUUAUUAAACAUCAAUAUACUUUUAAUAAUUUUCAUCAUAAAAAUAGGUGUUUGUGUAUGUCAAUACAAAUAAAACUCCACUCAAAAAUACUGUUUGAUCUCAACUUUUACUCCAAGCCACUUCCUUUCCAUUCUUCUAUUUCUAUUAUUGUUUCUGUCUGGUUUUUUCGGCCCACACCUAUUUUUUUCUUUUUAAGGUAAGAAGUAUGUUUACACCAGUAUAUAUAUAUAUAUAAAUAUAUAUUAUGUAAAUUUAAUUCAUUCUUAUUUAAAUGUUUUGUUGUACUGAUGAAGGCAUGUGCCGAAAUGUCUACUUGUGUAUUAUUAUUAUGUAAAAGUAUUAAUAAAGCUCAACAUAGGGUAUAAAUAGUAUGAUAUUGACACAAAUUGUUCAUGUCUAAUUUAUUUUAAAGCUUUGUUGCUGUCCAACACUUUAU